AUGCGUAGUACGAGUACUCCAGACAUGACAAGUCAUUUCACUGAUCCAGAAUAUGUUUUCCAUAACAUAUUGGAUAAAGCUACUAUUUCUUAUCUAUCUCGUGCUAGUUUACUUGAUCGAUUUAAGAAUUCAAAUAAAUUGAAAGAAUUUCAAUUACUUAUCCGUGAGACCCUUCACUCUUGUUGUUCUACCUUUUUAUCAUCUCCCGUCACUGAAUCUGAUGAGAAUUCUCUGAUAUCUUAUAAGAGUCAUAUGAAUGACACGGAGUUCAUAAAACUCAUGGAACUAAACAAACCCAUGGACCCAAUGUCCAUUCGGAUAGAUAAUAUGGAUAAACCUUUUCGUGACGAACAAGACAACAUAGAAUUUUCUCUAAGAACGACAAUGACACUUAGAACUUUCAAAUCUCAUAUGCCUGACUAUACGAUCGAACCAAUUACAUUUUACUUCUCUAUCACUUUUCCUGAUUUGAUUAAUGAUUACCACACAGCCACUCAAGAAGCUUUAUCAAAUUUUACCAACAAACUUCGUAAAGAUCAUCCGGCAGAAGAAUCCUUGGAAAUUAUACGUGAUACUGUUGAUCAGGAUUUAGGUGGGAAAGCAGGUGAGGAUAUGUUCCGAGAUCAGAAUGGUUUAGAUGAUUAUACUUUACUCGAUCUGAAAGCUGAAAUUACACAUGAUUGGAAAGAAGUAGAUGGGUAUUGGUGGUUAGCACUCACGCUCAAACAUGAUGGGUUCGUAUCGGAUGAUGGGAUAAAAUGGAGGGCUUUGAAAUCGCCCAAGAGGGACAAAACGAGAGAUAAAGGUAUUGUCACUUGGAUAUCUUGGCCGGGAAGCUUAGAUGGGUCCCCAGGGUAUUCGGACGUUUACGAUUCGGAAGAGAAUUGA